CGACGCCGUUAUCAGCCAGCAUCCCGACCCUAGAAGACUCCGACGACCCGAUGGCUCUGAACGUGUCUCCGCAACCACAGGUUCAAAAGAGACCUCAAUGGCCAAUCAUCCGGGAUACGGUGAUUACUCCCGUCCACGUAUACGCUGUCCACGAUAUGUUGUCGGGUCUCGGUCUACCAACGGAGCUUGUCCUCUACAUUGUGGAACUCGCAGAAUACUGCCCUGUCGUUCGAACCAAACGGAACGAGUACGAUAGCGUCAUAGUGCACGCCAGAGUGGAGCGUAGUGCGGCACGGCUCUACUUCCUCUGUCCCCCUCUUCCCGAAACCCUUGAUGGGCGCAGGGUGAGAAAGAUUGUAUGGACGAUCAAGGGUGGCGAUUUUAGCGAUGAAGGUAGCCCUAGGCCGUGGCAACAUCUACGGGAACGCUCUUGGUAUGAUGCCAGCAUCUUCCGCCAAAUAGAACUCGGCCCCGACCGCAAGGACGUCACAGCUGCGGGUGGGCUGUAUGACGUGUAUCAGUCACCCGAAGAGCUCUGGCAGAAGAUCAGAGAUGUAGGUUGGACGCUGGUCCCGAACGGCGAGAGCUGCGUCUGGCGUAUCCAGACGAACACUAUAGGGCAACGUCCAGCUGAACCGUACAUCAUUGAAUGGACUCGGCACCAGGAGGCAGACGCAACGCAGGCAAUGGGAUGCAGUACGGGAGGGGGAGCAAGCUUCAUAGAGGCGCUACAGCCCGGUGAUCGAAUUGGGCUUUGGAUGAGGGUGGUGUCUCCGGGAUGGGGCAAUUAUGAUGUAAACAAUUAUGUGAUUAGCGGUUCCCUGGAAAUUGUGUACGGGGGUUGUUAG